AUGGACCUGGCCGAAAUCUUUGGUGAAUUACGCAAGCACAACAUGAGGCUCAACCCCGAGAAGUGUACCUUCGGAGUUAAAGGAGGCAAAUUUCUUGGGUUUAUGCUAUCGGUUAGGGGAAUAGAGGCGAACCGAGAUAAAUGCCGAGCUGUCUUAAACAUGCGGAGUCCGAGCAAUCUCAAGGAAAUGCAACGGCUAUCCAGAAGGUUAGUCGCAUUGUCCCGAUUCCUCCCCCGUCUAGUCGACAAGAUCAACCCGAUGACUAAGCUUCUACGGAAGGCUUCGGCCUUCUCGUGGAACGAACCAUGCGAGGAAGCCUUUGCGGCAUUGAAAGCAACCCUGGCGAUGCCGUCGAUCCUAACGAGACCUGAUCCUUCAAGCUCACUCCUAGUAUACUUGGCUGUAUCCGAUGAGGCGAUCAGCUCGGUCUUGGUACAAGAAAAGGAAGGUACCCAAGCUCCCAUAUACUUUGUCAGCCGACUCCUUCAGGACUCCGAGACCCGGUACCAACUGAUAGAAAAAGUUGCCCUCGGCUUAGUACACAUUUCACGACGCCUACGACAUUAUUUUCAAAGCCACCGAGUAGUGGUACACACCGACUGCCCGAUCUCUAAGGUUUUAGGAAAGCCCGAGCUCGCGGGCAGAAUGAUGGCCUGGUUAGUGGAGCUCUCACAAUUUGACAUCACCUUCAAGCCGAGAGGGCCGAUCAAAGCCCAAUACUUGGUAGAAUUUAUAAAUGAACUCUACCCGCACGGCCAGUUUGAGGAGCACUGGUGGACCCUCCAUGUGGACGGCUCCUCAAAUUGCCAGGGGAGCGGGGCAGGAGUGAUCUUAGAGGGACCAAAAGGGAUAACCUUAGAACAAUCCUUACGUUUCCGGUUCAAAGCUUCGAACAAUCAAGCUGAGUAUGAAGCUCUGCUGGCCGGAUUAAGGUUGGCUGAGGACAUGGGAGCAUUAAGGAUCAAAUGCCGAACUGACUCCAAGGUGGUGGCCGAACAAGGUAACUUCCAAGAAAAAGACCACAACAUGAUGAAGUACUACCAUGCCUAUCAAAAGUUGAAGGCGAACUUUUGGGAGGUGUUGGUCGAACACACCCCGCGCGAAGACAACCCCGGAGCCGAUCAGUUGGCUAGGUUGGCCGCGACCAAGAAGCCAGGACAGUUAAGAACCAUCAUCCAACAAGAGAUCUACCACCCCAGUGUCGAGGCGGAAAUGGUAGGAAGUGUCGAUGCCGAUCACGUCGAUCCAAAAGACCCCCAAGACUGGCGGGCCGAAAUCAAGGCAUUCCUAACCAACGGAAUCACACCGGACGACCCGACCGAAGCUAAACGGUUGAGAACUCAAGCCAGUAGAUACGUCGUCAUUGCUGGGCAGUUGUACAAACGUGGCUUCUCUACCCCCUACUCAAGUGCCUAG